AUUUCACUUCAUGUGAAGACAGUGAGAGUAGUGCUGCAAGCUCGACUGGGACACAGACAUGCUGCUUCAGCUUUUAGUGGCUCUAACUUUAGCUGCCUAUGUGAAAAACGCGUCUCUGUGUAACAAAAAGGUAGCGCAAUAUGUGGGCCAGGACCCAGAGACAUUACAAGAGCUUCUAUCUCGUGCCCUGCCAGUGGUGGAGGGAGACAUAAUUUUAUCGAAACAGAGGAAUACAAAUGGUAAACCUUGGCCAACUACAGACUUGGCAUAUGAGAUCAGUCCACUCAUAGAAUUCAUGACGGAGAAUAUCCUGGCUGGCAUGAACAUGGUGUCUGAGCACACCUGUAUAACUUUCCACAAGAGAAACUCUGAUCCAAACUACGUGUUGUUCCGUCCUGGAAAAGGCUGUGCUUCAAACAUCGGCUUUCGAGAAGGCAGGCAGUUUGUGUAUCUUUCGCCAUUAUGCUCAGUGGGCAGCAUUGCUCAUGAGAUCCUUCACACUCUUGGCUUUUCGCAUGAACACACCAGGUCGGACCGGGCUGACUAUAUUGAAGUUAUCGUGAAAAACAUGAUCGAAGGUGUGGAGAGCAACUUCAGAAUAAUUCGUGGGAAAACUUUUGGUAUUCCGUACGACUACGCUUCCAUACUGCACUAUGGACGGACUUUCUUUUCAAUAAACGGAGAACCCACCAUCAUCCCAAAGAGAGACGCAAGGAACAUGGGACAGAGGCGUAGACUGACGGAGUCAGACAUACAGAAAGUCAAUCAUCUCUAUAAAUGUGAUUCCCUCAAAUCAAAUACUACAGCGGAAGGCUGAAUUCCUCUCUUUCCACCAUCGCCUCCUGGAAGCACAUGGAAACCAUCAGAGGGGUGUUGGAAAUAUGAAUUUAAACAUGGUAGUUGUAAUGAUGUUUAAACUUUAGUGCAUGUUGAAAUAUUACAUUGAUCAUGAUUGUUUUGAGUAGGCCUCAAUUUAGCUUAGAUUUAGACUCAUAGUUUAAUCAAUAUAUAACUUAAUCAGCAGAAAAAUAUUUUCUUAAAUGAGCACGAUUUGAUUAAAAUGAAUCUAAUCAGUAGUUUUUUUUAUAUUAGACCAUAGUCUUAAGAAGUAUAUGUCAUUCAUCUGAAAAUGUUUUAGUUCAUUAUCAAGCAAAGGAGUUGAACACUAAUCAGAAAAUAUUGAAUGUAACAGAUAUUUUGGUAUUGAAACUGCUCAUGUCCGUUUUAUGAGUUUGAAGAUAUUAUAUGAAACUGGUUAAUAUUUAUAAUCAAAAUCUGCUGUUUGAUGCACUGUGUCAGAGGAGAGGUCAGGAGAGCUCUGUGUGGUUCAGGAACCAGUUUGAAGGGAUGAAAAACACGGACAGCUGAUAAACAUUUGGUCUCGCUUCCUUGAGUAAAAUGUUUCUGUAUGAAAUAAACACAUCUAUUGUUAGUGCCCUGGGAAGGUACUCAGGGAGGACAGCUUAGACAGUGGACAGAUUUAUCCCUUGGCCUUGGUAAUGUAUGGUCUCUGGCGUGCAAACAGCAACACGUCAUUACGGGCUGUUUGAGACCACCUCUGAACUACGUUAGAACGCAUCAGACAGUAGAAACAUGCAUUCAUAUGAAAGUAAUUGAGCUAAAACAGCUGGUCAGAUCAGUGGGGUGGAACUGUCUUAACUGCCCCACUCUGUGGUCUCCGAAGGCUCGUCUUCGUAUUUUGGUAUUUUUCUAAGGUAAUUAAUUUCUUCUUUGUGGCUUUGGCUUCUGCUGAUUAUGUUGAGAUGUUGAUGUGAUUUUAUGCAUUUGAUUGUUUGAAUAAAUUCUGGUUGAUUGUGAAGUUGAA